ACCCGGCCACUCCGCUAUCAUGGCAGCCGCUUACCCCGAAUAUGUUGCGUGCUUUGAGGCUAGUCUAUGGGUAUUCUUUUCCGGUGAACCACCUGCCGGACAGCUCCGUUUUGCACUCCAGAGGUCGCGAACUUCACUGCUUCCUUGCUCACCAACAUCGCAAAGACCCUCGCUUCACACUAUUUCAGAGAUUUAACACCGGCGGCGAUGAAAUUAACAAGAACUGUUACGCCGAUGACUACCCCACGCAGCAGCAGCUUAAGAAGACUGGCAUGACGCUGACGGUGCUCUUGACACGUUCACACAGAUCACUCAUGGUGCACUGAUUGCCCAGGGAAAGACGCC